GACUCGGGCGCGGCAGCCCGGCACGGAAGGAGUCUCACUGCAGAGGUACUGCAGCUGCCCUGCCCGCACCAUGCGCGGCUCCGGCUCCGGGCCGGGCUCCAUGCGGCUGCGGCUGCUGCUCUCCCUGGCUGCUCUGUGGCUGUCGGAUGCUAACGAACCAGGUACAGCUAUGACAACACGAGAUAUCAAUCAGCAAACUCGAGAGAGCAUUUCAGAUUAUACCGUAAAGGGACAUGACUUAUCUACCCCUGGUUCACAUCUCUCCACACAAGAUUUUAAUCAGCAGACUGAGGAGAAUAUAUCUAAUCUCACAUCAGCGAUGUAUAGCAUAUCCAUAGAUGGGUUUUCCAGUGCUCCAGUGGAAGAAAAUGUCACAUUAUAUAGUCCAGCUAACAUUACACUCUUGUGUAGCUUGACUAGAACAUCCACUGAUUCAGCAACUGUUGAAGUGACGUGGAAGAAGGAUAAUGAAAGAGUUGAAAGUAGCAAUGUCACCAUUAAUGAAAUACAAAAUGUCUGGAGUACUCAAUAUACGUUGAAGAUCAGAGAUAGAAACCAAAUGGGAAAUUACGCUUGUGUUUUUAAAAGUGACCAAGAAGUUAAAGCCACAUUUCAUUUACAAGUACCUCAGAUUGAAGGAAAAGAUCAUCACGUAGUCAGUUAUGUAGGAGAUUCUGUUGUAUUGGUAUGUAAAAGUCUCAAAUAUAUUCCCAUCAACUGGAUCUGGUACAUGAGUAAUGGAAGUGACCAGGUUGCUGUUAAUGAUUCUUUGAUGCCAGAUAAGUAUAUAGUCGAUGAAAAAUAUGCCAACAUAACAAAACUCAAGAUUCUGAAGAUCUCAGAGAAAGAUGAUAGAUCAUACUGGUGCCAAGCUGUAUUUAAACUAGGAGAGAGCAAAGGAAAAGUAUCCCUUAAAGUUCUCACCUAUAUGACACCACUCAAACCAUUUCUUGCAAUAGCUGCUGAAGUAAUUAUUUUAGUAGCUAUUAUUUUCCUGUAUGAGAUGUACUCCAAAAAGAAACAGAUGCAUGCAGAAGAUGAAAAAGAAUUUGAACAAAUUGAGCAACUUAAAUCAGAAGAUAGCAAUGGUGUAGAAAAUAGCACCACCAGGCACCGAAAAGUUUAAGUCAGUUCCUAAAGGAAGGAGAUUUUAAACCAACAAAAAGGAAAUAUAAUUUGACCAUCACAAAACCACAGGAAGAUGUACAUGGCUAUGCGGUUCAAAUAUCUACAAUGCUUCUAAUUAGAGCUCAUUAGACUUGUAACAAAAAUAAUGAAGAUCUCCUAUUGCGUUUUUAAAAUAUAAACAUGAAACUGCCUCUUUGUCAAAUAGUUAUUCUAUGAAGACUAUACUGUAUCCAGACAUUAUACAUAUGUACUCUCAAA